CAUGUGGCCGCUGACAUUUAUAGGAAACAGCUUAGUUUCUGAAGUCUUUUCUCGUGGUUAAAAGUUGGUAUUUUAAUACAGAAAACGUUGUCUGUAGAUAACAUCCUGUCAUCGGGACGACUGGAGGAAAACACGAUGCAGUUAACGUGAGUUGAAUUCUUGAGAAGAAUGUCUUUAGUUCCAGUCCUGAGCUGUCCCACAGUCCCACUUUCCAAUGGUUUACAGAUUCCAAUCCUUGGUUUAGGUACAUCUCACUUUGGAGGAUUUUCUCAUGAGGCCGUAGUGUAUGCGCUCGCUGAGUGCGGCGUCCGCCACAUUGACACAGCAAAACGCUACAACUGCGAGGAGAGACUGGGCAAAGCCAUCAAAGACAGCGGGGUCCCACGAAGGGAUUUGUGGCUCACCAAUAAACUGUGGCCUGGGGACUAUGGAUACAAAGAUGCAAAAAGAGCCUGCCUGGAGUCCUGCUCGGCGAUGGGGGUUGACUACUUUGAUUUAUACUUGAUGCACUGGCCGGAGGCGGAGUCACUGACAUCUGGUUGUUCCAACAGAGAGAUGAGAGCUGAAACAUGGAGAGCUUUGGAGGAGCUUUAUGAGGAAGGGAUUUGCCGUGCUAUUGGAGUGAGCAAUUUCCUGGUCAGCCACCUGGAACAGUUGAAGGAAGACUGCAGUGUGGUGCCACAUGUUAACCAGGUGGAAUAUCAUCCUUUCCAGCAGCCCAAACCCCUGAUAGACUACUGUCGUAAAGAAGGGAUAGUAUUUGAAGGAUACAGUCCUCUGGCCAAAGGUCAAGUCUUCAGCGAUGCCACUGUGCAACAAAUUGCAGAAAAGCACAAACGGACCGCAGCUCAGAUCUGCAUUCGUUGGAGCAUUCAGAAUGGAGUCGUCACAAUACCAAAGUCUACCAAAAACAACCGCAUACAUGAAAACUUUCAGGUGUUUAGCUUCCAGUUGGAUGAGGCAGACAUGGCCACUUUAGGAGGAUUACACGAUGGGAGACAUGUAACUUGGGAUCCAACAAAUGUUAAGUGAGACUAAUGAGGUGUGUUUAGGCUGUUCCCAAGUUUUACAAGCAGUAGUUGAAUAGCAUUAAUUUGUAGUUAAUACAUACUUUGUAGAUAAUUCAUACAUUUUAAUCACUGACUUAAAAAACACACYAUUUUUGUUUGUUUUUAGUUAGUAAUCCCGAAUUUUAACUGCAGCAUUUGAUCAUGUCUGUCAUAUUUUCAAUAAUAAAAAAAACUAAACAUUUUA